GGCGCAUUUCAUGUUUAAUUUUUGCGACAUAUUUGUGACAUAAAACUGAAUUAUUAGUAAAUAAUUCGGACUCUGUAGGUUUGAAAAUAGUUUCUCAUGUCUGGAAUGUUAACAAGAGCUCGCGCUUUCUCCACGGAAGCUCUAAAAGUUGUUAACAAUGUUGCUAAGCAACAGUUUGCUGUGUCAAUAAAAGGAGAAGAUGCUGUGAUCAGCUAUGAGAAGAAAGGCAAGGGGAUAACCUUGAUCCAUACAAAUGUGCCGCAGGCUUUUCAAGGAAAAGGAGUUGGGAAAUUAUUGGCACAGUAUGCCUUUGAUCAUGCUUUAGAAAACAGGUUGAAUGUGAUUUGCAAAUGUCACUUUUUAGCCAAAUUCUACGAAGACAACAUUAAUAAAUAUAAGGUGCUAAAUGUAAAACUUGAAUUAGAAUAAUUUAACCAUGGAUUUGGCUUGGCAUAGAUGUAAUAUUCAUUAUUAUUUACGGGAAAAAUACUAUGGUAAUGUUAAGAAAAUUUCAAACGAAGCGUUGCAACAAAAUCCU